UAUUGUCUCGUUCGCCUAACUUUUUAUGUGCGUAAACAAAUACAUUAUUUGUUUUUAGAAAAUUGGAGUGCUUGUAUUAAUUAAAAUAUAGUGGAUUUGCUGCCGGAAUUGUACAUUUUUAUAAUUUCAUUUCCACCGGUUCGGAUAACAGUGAAUGAAGUAAAAUCUCGAUCGAUUCCUGUUCAAUCCUGUCAGCAAUCGGUACCAUACUGGAGUGGUGUUAGCAAACUCCUGACUUUUGUCUCGCGGAACGUUACCCGGAUUCCUGUAAAGACGUAUGAAAUAGUUUUGAAUCCAUCGGUGACAUCCGCUUCGGCUGUAAUGGGAAUCAACGCUAGCCGCUCCUCAAAGCUUCAUACAUCUGCUUCCAGCAGACAAGAUAGUAAGAAGCCUCCCGGUGCCGAAGCUCCCGGCCAAGGCGAACACGACACCAUGAGCGUGGAGAACAAGGCCGAACUGCUCGCCAAACUUAGCCCGCUGCAGUACCACGUGACGCAGGAGGCCGGCACCGAGCGACCCUUCACUGGAAAGUACAACAAAUUCUACGAGCAGGGAACCUACGUCUGUGUGGUAUGCUACCAGGAGCUGUUCAGCUCGGACACGAAAUACGACUCCGGUUGCGGUUGGCCGGCCUUCAAUGAUGUGCUCGACAAGGGCAAGGUGACGCUGCACGCCGACGCUAGUCUAGCCGGUGGCAAUCUCCUAUUGUUAAUUACACAACCAGGCCGCGUGCGGACCGAGGUCAGGUGCUCCAAAUGUAGCGCCCACAUGGGCCACGUGUUCGAAGAUGGACCGGCGCCGACGCGCAAAAGGUAUUGUAUAAACUCGGCGUCCAUAGAAUUCAUGCCGGCGGGAUCGGAACGCAAGGAUCCGCCAAAGUCUAGUUAGGAGCCUAGGAACUAAACACAGCAUUGUGACGAGAAUCGGAAGCGAUGAUGGACAUCUGUAGACGCUAGUCGCGUUUGUAUGAUAAACUGAUGCGUAUAAAGUGUCAAAUACAAGUUCUACCAAUGAUGGAAAGUCGAACUAAUUGAGCAAAACAGUUGAAUGAUAAUUAUAUCAACAUUGCAUUCUCACUGAAAACCGUUUAAAACAGUUGUGCAGUUCAUCUCAUACUUCAACAAUUGCCAUUUUUAUGUUAUUUAGUGUUGUAUAGGUUUUCUUAAAUACUGAAGCAAUUUCUUCAACCUUGUGUUAUAAAUCAGAUAACUUAAGAGCUGUACAGAUUUAUCCCGUUCCUCAAUGUAUAUUUAGCGACACUCGUACACUUUUUCAAUGCGAUCAAUAUCGAGACCCAUUGUAGUUAUUUAUUGAAAUAUUGUAAAGAUUAUCAGAAUGAUUAACAAACCGAACUUACGGUCGAAAGUGGCAAGCAAUGGUAAAAUCAAUAUUCAGCUAUUUGGCAAGCUUAUCCAACAAAUUUUAAGGAAAACGAACAUUGAUAAUAAAUAACCAAAUUAA